AUGAAAGAGUGCGAAAAACUUACACUCGACAUCAACGCACAACUGCAUUCUUCGAAAUACAUUCUUCGAUCCCAGCUCCCACGCCGCACGACCUCCUGGAAGGCCAUACACACCAGCCACCUACGUAAUACGUAUUCCAUGGAAGAUCGUCGAAAACAAAGGACGCCAUACCCGAGUCAACUCUCAACUUAUCACCGAUCGACAUUGUCACUAACAUCUAUCACACAGUGUGAAUAUGAACGCCAUCUGAGCAUCACACACAAAACAUUCUAUAACUUCAACAAAAGUCUGAUUCGAACAAACUCAUUCCGAGUAUAUGGAGUGCCAGGUACCAAGUCUUCUCCAUUCAACGCUAGGAAGAUGAAAAUGCCUGACAUGCAAGGAGGUUGUGGAGGUGGAGCGGGAAGAAAAAGUAAUUCAAGAAUUUUAAGAUGCUGCCAAUUAUAUCGCGGUGUUGUCCUUAAACUAACAUUCCUUUCACAUGGCAAGUAA